AUGGAGGCCUGUGCCUCAUAAUUUCGUCACCCAGAGAUCUGGCGUCAAGCAGGCCCUAGAGAAUGACCACCGGCGGCGUUCCUGAACAAUUUGUCCGGGAAGGCUGUCAUUGUGAAGCCCAAGUGGGCGAGGGACGACAAGGGCACAUCCUUUUCCUGUGCGAAUGCCCGGAGAUCUUCUUUUGCUUCCGCUGUAGAGGCCGCAGUGGCCGGCUUAUUCGACGACUUUGUUUGUCCCUCUGCUCUCAUCUAAGGCUUUCUUGUUUCCGUGGACUCGUACAUGAAUGAACUUGCAGGUAAUGCUCGAGGCCAUGGUUUGGGCUCUGUCCCAUGCAGCCCCCCCUGCACCUCAGCCUGCCGUUCCACAGCCUGCCAGCACUGAGGAGAACGUUGAUGGGGAAAUCACUGGAAACCUUGGGGAGACUCUGAUAAGGUUGGUUUCUCUUGGCGACUGUUGAAAUGAGUUGACUUCUGAAGCAUGGCAGCGUGACUAUGCACGCGGGUCUGACGAAAUCGGCAGGCUUCCUCAACGAGGUCCGCAACACUACCGGCUUUUGACCGCUAGAGGUGGAUGUUUCGGCGGACUUCUUGUUUCUAACGCCGGAUAAUAAUUUGCCGGUUUUAUUGAAGUCAAGAUCAAAGUAACUCUUUGAGCGGAAUCCUUUUGGCCGACAGCGACUGUCGAUAUGAUGGGGGCGGGGAACGAGCGGCGGAGGAAGGGGGUGCGGUGAUGGGAGGUCACCAAGGCCGCCCGCCGGCUUUUCUCCCGACUGAAUAUGGUUGCAUUAUCUCGGCGAAGUCAGUCGUGGCUCGUCGGGCUAUCAGGAGGCCGGAGGCGCAUCUAUACAUGGUCCAAGGAUUUUUGGAUUUCAGGGGGAAAAUUUAGAACAGAAAUCGAAAUGGGCUCGACGCAUAUCCUAUUUUACAGGCCAUGCUGCAAAGAAUAGGAUUGCCUCUCUGUUCUCUCUCUCUCACACUUCCCUCCCUCGUCUAUUUCCGUGCUGAUCCUCUCUCCGAGCAUCAACCCUUCUCGUGCCCACAAGCUCUGGCGGCACGUGGCCUGGCGGUCCGAGAGAAUCUUAGCUCGAGGGAUCUCCGUGGGGAAUCCCUGCUCCGGGAGUUAGUUCGUCCGUAG